ACUCACCAAAUGUCAUCAAAAAUGAAAAUAUUCCAUUGGGAAAUCUGAAAGAACGGCACUGUUAUACUUGAAAAGUGCGCAAAAUAUUUGUAAUGAAAAUUAAACAUCUGUAAUACCUACAUAAAUUGUUUUUGAUUUUAUUACAUCGGAGGUUAUAUUUGUGUAAAAGAAAGAUGACCGAAAUUGAAAACAAUCACCUGGCUCUGGAACGAUCGCAAUUAGAGUUGGAACAAAUCAUGCAAGAUGGGAACCAUGGAACUGAUGCACCAAUUUUAUCACCGGUACAAAUUCAACAGGAAUAUUUUGAAAAUCUCCCUGAAUAUGAUUGGGUCAAGUAUGAACUCAGCAAUCGUAAAUACCUGUUACAAAAUAUAGCGUUUGCCUUGUUUGGCAGUCCAAGCUUAGAAGGAGAUAUGUUUGAUCCUUCUUUAGAAAAUUCUCAUCUUGAAGGCUACACCUCUCGGCAAAAAGAACGGGUCAUGAAUGUUUAUGAAAAAUUAUGUGAACAAAGUAAAUACUCGCAAAACAGUGAAGACAUUUUCAUGUCUGUGUUAUUAAUUGUUUGCGCAAAACCUAAGCCUGUGAAAUUCUAUAAGAUAGAACCAUCCAACCAUUGGUUGGACUUACACCAACGGACUGAUACUGAUAUUUGGUGUACUGCUGUGUUUCGCGUGAGAAAAUGUAUCCCUACAUUAGUUGGAGCUAAAACAUGUAAAGUUUAUGUUGAUGAAAAUGCAAGAGUUUACCAGGACUGGGAUUCUUACUUGACCAACAACACUUUACCUAAGUGUGUUAUCAUUGCUCCACAAGAUGGAGAAUAUCAGGGUGUAAUACAAGAGGGAGAAGAAACAUUUGCUGUCAAGUUAACCGUCACACCAUCUGCAUCAUUAGGACUGACUGCAAGAGUGCUAAGUUCCGUUGACACAGCAAGCACAGUGGCUUCGAUAGGAGCAGUGGGGGUUCUCGGUGUUGCUGCCUUCACACCUAUUGGCCCUGCUGUGCUUAUUGGAGCAACUGUGGCCACGGUCGCUACAGGCAUAUACGGCCUUGUAAGGUCUUCAUUGCAUUUACACGAUAGACGAGUGCAUGAGCAGACCAUAAGUCCAACAGAUGCAGAAGCGCGAGGUAGUUGGCUGAAUAUAGCCGCUUCAAGCGUUGGCCUAGCCGCCGGCGCUGCCAGUGGCUUGCUUUCCAAAUCAGCAGCGGCUGGCACUAAUUUGUCCAAAACUGGUCAAGUUUUGGCAGUAUCGGUAGAAGUACUCCGACACGCGAACUUAGUCACCGGCGGUGCAGGCGUCCUCAACAGUUUGAUACAUAUAAUACUUAAGUACCGCAAGCACGGUGAAGCGCCAACAACGCUAGAACUGUUCCAAUUCUCGGCGGCGACACUCUUCUUCUGCCACGCCGUGGUUUCCAACCGCACGGCGCAGAAUAUCAUCGAAGACGCACAAGCUACCACCAUCAACGAAUACCGCACCUCCCUCAGAAGUAACAGACAUAGGAAAAUGUUCGACAAAAUCAGCGCGGAAUCCCGUAGAGUUCAAGGUGCCGUACAAGGUAACACCGAAGUUAUAAAAGGUAUCAAGAACAUCUUGAACAAAGACCAGUAUUUCGCGGACGUGCUAAAAAUAAAUAAAGAUGUCAACCAGCACAAACUCAGGAUAUCAAUGACCUCUGAUGGCCAAGUGAAUUUGAACUCCAUGCACAAAUUCAAUCCUUCGGAAUUGUAUAACUUAGGUAAAGAGGGUAGGGCGCAAUUAUUCUCUUCUCUAGGUACGGCGUCUGUUAAUACCAGUAAUGUACCCACUCGUAUCACACCAUCGACUACAGCAGUUACUGGUUAUCUGGACGGGGAAGAAGAACCUAGAGGUAUGUUGGUGGGAAUACAUCCUGGGGAAAUCAUACGGAUUGGGACAUUACUAGUAAGAGUUAGCGCUUCUGGUGCUGAAAAUGUUGCCUUACUGCUAGAGAACCUGAGCCAAGAUGUCUAUGCGAAUUUAAUGACAGUAGCUUUCAAUGUUCUAUCUAACCUGGUGCCGGAAGAGAUCGCAAGGUUAAGACUCUUGAGCCCAGAUGAAGAUCUGAUAGUGCAAACUGUGAAAUUUGUGUUUAACUACCUGAGACACCAAAGGCCUUUCGGCGAUCCGAGCCGCGAAACGGACAACGGUAUAAUGGUUGUUCUAGCGGAGUUCUUUCAAAAUGGAAUGAUACGCCAAGAUACCAUAUUGCACUUGAAGGAUCAACUUUUGAAUUGGGUGGACAGUGAAAUACACCAAAGAAGACAGCAGUAUCCAAACAAAAAAAGCAUUGUAUGCGCCAAAUGUAAUGGAAUUUUAUUUGUUUAAUCUAAACCCAGGUUUAUUUAUGCUGAUAUUUUCUAACAAGCCAUUUUUGAAGCGCACUAAUAUUGGCUGUGGUGUAUUUUGAGAACUACCCGCACAUAUGUCCAUGCAAACGUGAUUGGAUGGUAAUUCUACUAUUUAUUGUUCUAUAUCCUUAACUUAGCCACAUAUAGAUUUCUCUCAUGAUUAUUUAUCCUAGAAUGAGGAAACUUUUGAGCGUGAAUAAACUACGAAAAUUUUGGUUUAUGGUAAAAUAACUAAUUUAUGAAAAAUCUUCAUGCCAGGCUUUAAAUCCUAGCUUUAGGUUGAUGAAAACAGGGCGGUACUUUGUAAGAAGUUUUCUUUGAAUGACCUGCGAAGUGAGAGUGUUCCUCUGUAUAAAGACAAUGUUUUUCAGUUACCAUCACGUGACCAUUUUCUUGGUCCGUCAACUAUGACCAAAAAAAAUAUUAUCACAAAUUACGUUAUCGUUCUAGAUCUAACUACUACGUGAAUUAAGUCCGUCAGUUAACCUGAAAUGAAAGAGCAUUAUUUUAGCUGCGCUUAUGCAAUGGUUACUGGCUUAUUCAUGAAGAUAGGAUAAAAAUAUUAUAUUGAUCCAAAAAAAAAAAAAAUUAUAAUAUAUUAAAUGUACAUUUUAAUCCAAAUUAUAAGAAACAUAUCACAAUUGUUAAUUAAACUUCGGAUGGCACUUAUGAUUAGCGGUAACGAAUAUUGUAAUAACUUGACCACUAUUUAUCAGUAGGAACUAGUAUUAUUUACAUUUUAUAUACUUGCAUAUUAUUGCAUAUGCAAGCUAACGAAAAGUGUACGUUUUCCUAUAUUAUGAUAUUAUAAUGCACUAUAAGAAUGUAAUUAUUAUUUAAUAUACAUAAAACUACACAAAAACUACUUUUUGAUAUAAAACACGCUAAUGAGUAAGCGUUAUGAAUAAUAAGAGAUAUAUAUAUUUGAAUGAAUGAAUGAAUACACUUUUAUUGUACACCAAAGAAAAAAAAGUAG